GAAAGACACGACAUCUCACGAAACCCUUCCCCUCGCCGCCGUAGAGAUGCCUCGGAAACGCCCUCCCACAUCUGGAUACGCGAGAAUUGCUCAGGCUGAAGAGGAGGAGGAUGAAGAUUACGAGUCGGAGGAAGACGAGAGCUCCCUAUCCACGCCCCGAUAUGCUCCUCUCCAACCAAAGCGGCAGACCCGUAUGAAAAUGUCCGGCCAGUCGUCUCCUACACUGCGGAGAGGUGCUCCAGGGGAUAAACGACCUAGGAGUAAUUCGGGGGUGGACAUAAAGGCGAUAAAUGCGCGACUGGAGCGAUGGGCUGACGAGAUUGCUCAAAAAUUCAAGAUUCGGAAAACGAAGGGCAGGUCACCAGAGGACGAACAGCUGGAGAUACACCACUCAGUCUUUCAGGCGCCGGAUUGGAUCAGGCCUGCUACCGCUGAGACUCUCACUUUCGAUUGGGCGGGCUCCGCAGACCGAAUAACCAAGUUGGAAUUCGACGACACCGUAGAAAGCGUCAGGGUAGCGAUAGAACUCGGCACACAUCCCAAAAUGAUCGCGCAAGGUAGCUCGGGGAGCUAUUUCGCGAGGAAUACGCACGGCAAAGUUGUGGGCGUCUUCAAACCGAAGGACGAGGAGCCUUACGCUUCGCGGAAUCCCAAAUGGACAAAGUGGAUCCAUCGAAACUUGUUCCCUUGGUUCUUUGGGAGAGCUUGUCUUAUCCCCAACCUUAGCUACAUAUCUGAGGCCGCUGCGUACGUCUUAGACACCCAACUCCGAACGAAUUUGGUCCCCUAUACCGACAUCGUCUCACUCUCAUCGAAAUCCUUCUACUACGACUUCUGGGACCGAAGGGCAUAUUAUCGGAAAAAGAAACCAUUUCCCGAAAAGGUUGGGAGCUUUCAGGUGUUCUUGAAAGGGUUCAAAGACGCGAAUAUAUUCUUGAAAGAACAUCCUUGGCCAGAUCACCGUGAUUCUGGAGCUAGAUCAAGCUCUGCGCCACGACGCAAGAAGCGUCGAUGGGCAGAGGAGUGCAGACCCGGAGGCCCGCAAUCCGACGACGAGGAAGACGAGAACGAAAACAGACAGAACGCGACAGACGAAUCACAAAGCCGAAACACUUUCUGGACCGAUGCUAUUCAACAGUCCUUCCGCGAGCAGCUGGAGAGGCUAGUGAUAUUAGACUACAUAAUGCGAAACACUGACCGAGGACUCGACAACUGGAUGAUAAAAAUCGAUCAAAAAACUCAAGAGGCAACAAUCGUUGCUGAACCACCAAAACUGAAUGGCCAAACUGAUGGUGGAGAUGAACCGAAUGACUACACCCAGCAGUCUCUGACAGAUUCCGAUCCAUACAAACGCCAAGAGCCGAUGACUGCCACCAGCCGAUCUGUGACGCCAAUGGGUAAUGCUCCGGUUCCUACCGUAACGAUAGGAGCAAUUGACAAUAGCUUGUCAUGGCCAUGGAAACACCCAGAUGCUUGGCGAAGCUAUCCUUUUGGCUGGCUGUUUCUUCCUGUGAGCCUUAUUGGACAGCCGUUUUCAGAAGCGACACGGAAACACUUCCUCCCCCUACUUACGUCGAAGGAGUGGUGGAGUGACACCCAACUAGCUCUACGUCGCUGUUUCACACAAGACUCGGACUUUAAAGAACGGAUGUACGUGAAGCAGAUUGCUGUAAUGAAGGGCCAAGCCUGGAACGUCGUCGAAACCUUAAAGACGGCGGAUCACGGACCGCUGGAGCUAACGCGAAGAGCCCGCGUUUGUGUCUGGGACGAUUUGGUCGAUGUGCCCAUUGCAGUACCGCUCCGGGCACCUUCUGCAGAAAUGCGACGGCGUCAGCAUCCCGAUUAUCAUAGACCAAGUGGCGAUCACGAAGAGAUGGACAUCAGUGCGGCACUCUCUACUCCACCGCAGCAACCACAAUCCGACCUUCUAAUGGCGUCGCCGCCUUUGGAUUCGGCGAAUAGUAACCCGUUCAAUAUCUCGCGAGAGUCGAGUUCGGCAGACGUUCGAGCAAGCGAGGAUAGCUUACGAGGCCCAUUAUCCCCGGCCACAGUGCAUGCUGCUUCUUGGCACACACCAGCGGCAGGCACGUUACCAGCGUCUAUGGGAGGCAACAGACCCGAUCAGAAUGUCCGCAAGAGCUAUGACGAAUCUCGCACCUGGCGCCGGCAGCGAGAGCGACUGGAGGGCAGACAAAGACGACUCUCAUUAUCUACCCGACACAGCAAAAAUCCUAUUCUUAUUGGCGACGAUGAUUUGGAGGGAGAUCUUGGGUACGCGGCGAACGAGGAUAUGGAGGGCAACCGGAAGUGCGUCAUUGUAGAGCGGCUAGAGAUGGUCAAGAGUAAGAAUCCAGUUUUCACGUGGUGCUAAAUAGAAAAAUCAAGCGCUUUCACGAGCUUCUUGUUUCAAGGCUUGAUUUGGCGGCAUGGCAUAUGUCUGGGCAUCUAGGAGGCGUUGCAUGAUUGUUCAGCGAUACAAAUGAGCGUGUAGGAUAAUAGAACCUGAGCGGCACUCGCAGUCGAUAUAGAACUAUACUAUAUGAAGGCCUCGCGAUUAGGAAC